AAUUGACACGAGAAGUACUGACUACUUUGCUUUGAAUCCAUCCUUUAAUUUCAUCUUCAAGUAUUCAACUUCACCAAAUCUACAAUCAUGCGUGAAUGUAUCUCCAUCCAUGUCGGCCAAGCCGGAGUUCAGAUAGGCAAUGCCUGCUGGGAGUUGUACUGCCUGGAGCAUGGCAUCCAGCCUGAUGGCCAGAUGCCCUCAGACAAGACCAUCGGAGGUGGUGACGACUCCUUCAACACCUUCUUCAGUGAGACUGGAGCUGGCAAGCACGUCCCCCGUGCCGUCUUCGUUGAUCUCGAGCCAACCGUAGUCGAUGAGGUCCGUACCGGUACCUACCGUCAACUCUUCCAUCCUGAGCAGCUGAUCACCGGCAAGGAGGAUGCUGCCAACAACUACGCCCGUGGUCACUACACCGUCGGAAAGGAGCUGAUCGACAUUGUCCUCGACAGGAUCAGGAAGUUGGCUGACCAGUGCACAGGUCUCCAGGGAUUCCUCAUCUUCCACAGCUUCGGUGGCGGCACCGGCUCAGGCUUCACCUCCCUGCUCAUGGAGCGUCUCUCCGUUGAUUACGGAAAGAAGUCCAAGCUCGAAUUCGCCGUCUACCCCGCUCCGCAGAUCUCCACCGCAGUUGUCGAGCCAUACAACUCCAUCCUUACCACUCACACCACCCUGGAGCACUCUGACUGUGCCUUCAUGGUCGACAACGAAGCCAUCUACGAUGUCUGUCGUCGUAACCUCGACAUCGAGCGUCCCACCUACACCAACCUGAACCGCCUUGUCGGUCAGAUUGUCUCCUCCAUCACGGCUUCUCUUCGAUUCGACGGCGCUCUCAACGUCGAUCUGACAGAGUUCCAGACCAACUUGGUGCCCUACCCACGUAUCCAUUUUCCUCUUGCCACCUACGCCCCAGUCAUCUCUGCCGAGAAGGCCUACCACGAGCAGUUGACCGUUGCAGAGAUCACCAACGCCUGCUUCGAGCCCGCCAACCAGAUGGUGAAGUGCGAUCCCCGUCACGGCAAGUACAUGGCAUGCUGUCUCCUGUACCGUGGUGACGUCGUCCCCAAGGAUGUCAACGCCUCCAUCGCUACCAUCAAAACCAAGCGUACCAUCCAGUUUGUUGACUGGUGUCCAACUGGCUUCAAGGUCGGUAUCAACUACCAACCACCCACCGUCGUCCCUGGUGGUGAUCUUGCUAAGGUCCAGCGUGCCGUCUGCAUGUUGAGCAACACCACCGCCAUCGCUGAGGCCUGGGCCCGACUCGACCACAAGUUCGAUCUGAUGUACGCCAAGCGUGCUUUCGUCCAUUGGUACGUCGGAGAGGGUAUGGAGGAAGGAGAGUUCUCCGAGGCUCGCGAGGAUUUGGCUGCUCUCGAGAAGGACUACGAAGAAGUUGGUGUCGAUUCCGUGGACGCAGAGGGCGAGGAGGAGGAAGGUGAUGAGUAUUAAACAUUCCAUCAAUUAGCCGCGCAUGGCUGACAUUCAGACCAAAUAUAGUUUAUAACCCGAACAAAUUGGCGUAAAAUUUCACAAUGCUCCAAUCUCAAUUUUAUUUUUCUCACAAAAUAAAAGACAAUGGAUGCCUAGUUCUAGUGUCUAUGUUUUGUAAACAUCUUUUAUAUAUAUAUCUUCAUGUACAUUUUUUUUAAUGUAAACAUUAUCUACAUCCAACAGUGCGGCCUUAAAAAUAUAGUAAAUUAUUUCGUAUUUCAAUGA